ACGCAUCCACGCCUCCGUCGAUGUGUGUGUGCGCGUGAUGGUGUGUGUGUGCGCGCGCGCGCGCGUGUGUGUGUGUGUGUGUCCGUGCAGCCUUCUUUGCGCGUAAAGACAUCGAGCCCACGAGAAAAAGUAAAUAACACAUCGAGUUCAUUCAUGGACCCGUGAAAAGAAGCUGGAUUACAUUUGGGAGAAUUUGGGCGAUCACUUGGAGGGUUGAGCAUCCUGUUGAUUUCAUUUUUCAUUUUAUUAUUAUUAUUAUUAUCUAUUUUCUUUUUUAUCAUUGAGGGUCUUCAGAGGGGUUCCAGAUGUUAAUCCACACCUAUUCGGCUAUGGAGCGCGCAGACGGACUGAGCAGCUCGUCACCGAGCGGGCGCCUCUCCCAGUUGUCCUCCCUCAACCAGGCCGCUUACUCCUCGGCGCCCCCCCUCUGCCACACUCCGGCCUCCGACUUCCAGCCUCCGUACUUCCCUCCCCCGUACCCGCAGUCCUCCCUGUCCUACUCCCAGAGCCAGGACUCGGCCUACUCCCACCUGUCGGACCCUUACACCUCGAUUAACUCCAUCCAUCAGCACCAGCAAGCCGCAUGGCACUCCCAGAGGUCGCGCUCCGACGACGGGGGGCUCCUGUCGCAAACGCACCGGGCUCUCGGGCUCGACCCCCGCAGGGAGUACGCGGCUGUCCCGCGCCUGCUCCACGGUCUCGGGGAAGGAGCCGCGGCUCUCGGGGACGGACCCCUCGGGAUGCACCUAGGACAUCACGGCCUGGAUGAGCUUCAGGGAAUGGAGGAAGGAUCAGCCUUGGGCAUCCUGGACCACUCUGUCAUUAAAAAAGUUCCUAUCCCAUCCAAGCUGAACGGUUCGGCCCUGUCCGCCUUUUCUCUCGGCAAGGACGGCCUCGGCAUGGGCGCCGUGUCCAACCCGGCCGAGGUUUUCUGCUCGGUGCCAGGCCGCCUCUCGCUGCUCAGUUCCACCUCCAAGUACAAGGUCACCGUCGGGGAGGUGCAGCGGCGGCUCUCCCCGCCAGAGUGCCUCAACGCCUCUCUGCUAGGCGGAGUCCUUCGCAGGGCGAAGUCCAAGAAUGGUGGCCGCUGUCUGAGAGAGCGUCUGGAAAAGAUUGGCCUCAACCUGCCCGCCGGGCGACGCAAGGCAGCCAACGUCACUCUGCUAACAUCUCUGGUGGAGGGUGAGGCCAUCCAUCUGGCGAGGGAUUUCGGGUACGUGUGCGAGACCGAGUUCCCCGCCAGAGCCGCCGCCGAGUAUCUGUGCAGGCAGAGCGAGCCCGACCAGCUCCCGACGCGCCGCAGCAUGCUGCUCGCCACCAAGGAGAUCUGUAAAGAGUUUGUGGACCUCAUGUCCCAGGAUCGCUCCCCGCUCGGGGGCAGCAGACCCACCCCCUGCCUGGAGCCCAGCCUCCAGGGGAGCCUCACCCACUUCAGCCUGCUCACCCACGGCUUCGGCACGCCCGCCAUCUGCGCCGCGCUCUCCGCUUUCCAGAGCUACCUGAUGGAGGCGAUCAAAAUGCUGGACAAAGGAGAUGGCGGAGGGAAGGGCCACCACGACAAGGAGAUGAAGCACCGUAAAUAGACGGUGAUGAGGCAAAAAAAAAAAAAAGAGGCCAAAUCCCCUCUGUGCCAACCUUUGGGACAAAGAGAGAGACCACCCUGGACCCUCAGGCAUAAGGAGGUGUACUGUAUUGUACUGUAAUGUUUGUCCAUAAACCUCAAUUCAAGUGGACCUCUCUUCUCAGCAGCAUCCACAUCAGGAUGAACACCUAGAUAUGGCAGUAUUGUUUUAUUUCACACCUCUUUCCUCUUUUUUUAAAAAUGACCUGUUCGUGGAAGCGGAUUUUUCAAACAUUUUGGACUCAUGCGGGACGUGUCAUAUAUAAGCCAUAUCUGAGGCAACAACCUGCUCUUUUGCUCACAGACUUCAUGCUCGGCUUCAGUUUGUAGUUCUUAGCAGGGUGCUCGUGGGAAAUGGAGUCGCAUGCUUUGUCUUCAGUGGACAAGGAGGAUUGAAAGUGCAGCUAAAGGCGAGGGUUGGCUUUUAUUUGGAAGUUCUGCGUGUCGUGUAUAUAAGUUAAGAGCAAAAUCAUUUUGUACUUUGUGUGUAUGUUUAUUAUUAAUGUUAUUACUGUUGUUAUUAUUGUAUUACGACAUAAAUGUAAUAUAUUAUUAAAAAAAUAAGAAUGGA